GUUGAUACGCUGACUUUAGAGAAGCAGCAACUGACUUUUGUUUAUUUAUUAAUAACCAAACACCACAGAAAAUGACGAUGCUGUCGGACGAACAGUUUCGCAUACUCAUCGACACUAUCAAAUCUCUGGCGCCGGAAAAGGAGCAGCAAUCGAAGGGCAGCUUCAGCAACUGCGUGGUGCGGUUUAGCGGGCAGCGAGACCACGACGCCGUCGACGAGUUCAUAACAGCUGUAGAAACCUACAAGGAGAUGGAGGGCAUUAGUGACAAAGACGCACUGAAGGGAAUUUCGCUGCUCUUCAAUGGCGCCGCCGUUAUGUGGUGGAAGGGUGUGCGACGGGAUGCCCACACGUGGGAAGACGCACUCAAACUGCUGCGCGAUCACUUCUCGCCCACAAAGCCCUCCUAUCAGAUCUACAUGGAGAUCUUCGAAAUGAAGCAGGAAGACGGCGAAGUAAUCGACCAGUUCAUAUGCAAACAGCGUGCGCUGUUGGCCAAGCUGCCGGAGGGUCGUCACAACGAGGAGACCGAGUUGGAUUUCAUCUACGGCCUGAUGCAUCAAAAGUACAGAAGUCACAUACCACGUCACGAGAUCAAGUCCUUCAAGGAGUUGCUCGAACGUGGUCGCAUGGUAGAACGCACGAACUAGAUGAUAUCUAUAUAACUCAUUUUUAAAUAAAAUAUUGUAAAUGCUAGUUAAUCUGCAGGGUAUUUUCACUUCAGUCAUA